CCCUUCUCAGAAACCGAGCGGAGAGACCAUGUGUCCGUCUUUACGCGCCGGCUCGGUGCCACCUCGGCACAUCCACCCGGUGUCCCACAGCGUCUCUAUAACCGCGGGGCCAUGCUCGUGACACGCUGGCCCGUCUCGGACUGCUGCUGAUCACUCGUCUCCCGAUUGUUUUGCCGCUGGUUUCCUUCGCGGAGGAGGCGGGGGCAGGAAACCCGCCCUGGGUCGGUCCGGCGACGCGCUCUUCAACACGCAGCGGCCAUGAGCGCAGGGAAGCUCCGGAUGGACGUGGCCGUCAUCGUGCUGCUCGUCCACCUGACCCAGGCUGGGAUCCAAGCACUGGUGGCCAGCAGCAGGGUGGACGCAGAUGCCAGAUGCCUCCUUGGACAGUUCCCAUGUGGGAACUUGAGUGAGUGCCUACCUCAGGCUUUGCAGUGUAAUGGACACAAAGAGUGUCCCAACGGAGCCGACGAGCGACGCUGUGGGGACAACGUUGGAUGGGGGGACUUGUUUGGUCCAACACUGCAGGAUGCACUUCCUGUGAACCAGGACUUCCUGGAUGAGUGUUAUUUGCAGGAGUAUCCCGGGAGUUGUGACUGCAUACAGACAGAUGUUGAGUGUGUGGAGGCCGACCUGCAGGAUGUUCCUACCUUCUCUCCAAAUGUGACCUUGCUGUCGCUGAGGAGCAAUCGGAUCCGAGCGUUGUCAGAUUUUGUUUUCUCUGAAUACUCUGACCUACAGAGACUGUUUCUGCAAAACAACAGCCUCCAGUUCAUAUCCAAUCACGCCUUCAGGGGCCUGCACAAUUUAAGGAAGCUGUUUCUCAAUCUGAACUUGAUAUCCUCCCUCAGUCCUGGUGUGUUCAGUGAUCUCCACAAGUUAAAGUGGCUGAUGUUGGAUCACAACCCACUAAGUGAACUGUCCCAGGACUCAUUCAUUGGGCUCAAGUCUCUUAUGUAUCUAUCCAUGGUGAACACCUCGCUGCAGCAGCUUCCUCAACCAAGCUUCUGCCAACACAUGCUUUCCUUGGACUGGCUGGAUCUUGAGGGAAACCAGAUUCAAACUGUCAACUACUCUAUCUUGAAGAACUGCAGCAAGCUUGGGGUUCUAUCACUGAUGGACAACCGGAUAAGAAGUGUUCCUGAAAACACCUUCCAGUCUCUGUGGAAACUGGCUGAACUGGAUCUGUCCAGAAACAGGAUAAGGGAGCUGCCAAAGAACACCUUUAAAAGCCUUUCCCCGUCCCUCCUUAAACUAAAUAUCUCCCACAAUCCUCUCGUCCACAUUCACCCCAGCCACUUCAACAAUUUGCCACAUCUUCAGUCAUUGGCGCUGCAAGGGAUAGAUCUCCCAGAUAUUCAGAUUAAGAUGUUUCUACCUAUGAAGAAUCUGUCCCACAUAUACUUUAAGAAGUUCCAGUACUGCUCCUAUGCACCUCAUGUCAGGUCCUGUAAGCCCAACACAGAUGGCAUAUCAUCUUUUGAGGACCUGCUGGCUAACAAGGUGCUGCGGGUUUCUGUCUGGGUCAUGGCCUUCAUCACGUGCUUUGGUAACCUCUUUGUCAUCGGCAUGAGGUCACUGAUACGAGCCGAGAACAAUCUGCAUGCAGCUUGCAUCAAAGUCCUGUGCUGUGCAGACUGCCUCAUGGGGGUGUACCUGUUUUUUGUCGGAGUGUUCGAUGUGAAAUUUCGCGGGCAGUACAAUCGCAAUGCACUGCUCUGGAUGGAAAGCGUAGAGUGUCGGACCAUCGGAUUUCUGGCCAUGCUCUCCUCAGAGGUGUCUGUUCUCCUCCUGACCUAUCUGACGCUGGAGAAGUUCCUGGUUAUCGUUUUCCCCUUCAGCAAUCUGCGCCCAAGCAAACUGCAGACUGGGGUGGUGCUGGCCUCUAUCUGGCUACUGGGGUUCAUUAUUGCUGCAGUGCCCCUAAUGAAUGAGGAUGUGUUUGGAAACUAUUAUGGACGUAAUGGAGUCUGCUUCCCCCUGCACUCUGACAGGCAAGAAAAACCUACUGCCAAAGGAUAUUCCACAGGGAUUUUUCUGGGUCUGAACCUGGUGGCGUUCCUGGUGAUCUUCGUCUCCUACUCCAGCAUGUUCUGCUCCAUCUAUAGAACUGGCAUCAACGCGACGGACCUGCGGAGCAGACUGCACAGAGACGUGGCUGUGGCCAACAGGUUUUUCUUCAUAGUGUUCUCCGACGCCCUCUGCUGGAUUCCCAUAUUUCUGGUGAAAAUCCUCUCGCUGUUGAAGGUGGAGAUACCUGGGACCAUCUCCAGCUGGGUGGUCAUCUUCAUCCUCCCCAUCAACAGCGCCUUGAACCCCAUCCUUUACACGUUGACCACCAGCUUCUUCAGAGAGCAGGUGGAAAUCCUACUCUGUCGGUGGCAGAGAAGACACAUGCUGAAAAAAGACCGCAAAAGCCUCACCUCCUCCACAAUCUACAUGGAGGCGCCGCGGGCACCUAGCUACCAGCAGCCAGCCUACUUCAAGCGAGUGUCGCUGACUAGCGCGGACCCUCGCUACGCCUGAGGGAGGCGCGAACUUCCCUGGCGUUUUGUCAAUCACGGGUCGGAGGCCAGUCAAAAUGUUCGAUCUUUAGGCUCCUGCAUGACGAGAACUGAGUUUGGCUUCAAAGUGGAGCAACAUCAACAUUAACUCCGACAUGCUGCACAUUUGUAAAAAUGACAACAAUGAGACACUUUCUUCCAAACUUUCGUUUUCAUGUACACACAGAGAGAGAGAGAGAGAGCUCUUUGGGGUCCAGUGCCUUGAUCUGAGGCACACUGAGAUGCAGACGGGAGGAGAUCAAACCUUUGUACCACCUGAGCUACAGUUGCUUUCACACUCACGUGGCCAUUCAGAUGAUAUUGUUCCAGCUGACGGCACAGCAAAGGAAUGACAAAGACAAAGAGCUGGAUGGAAGAGUAAAUACCAGCAUAUUGCACACUGUACAUCUCCAUGCCACACUGAGGAUGUUCACAAUGCCAAGCAAGGAAAGUGCUUGUCGCGCUUUUCUGGAAUACACACUUUUUCCGCAACAGUCCCACAGACUGUAUGACUGUUUAUUGACGAAGAGGAGAGGGAGCUGGUAGACGAGCAGCCAAAUAUAUCUCUGUUAUUAUCACACAGACUGUUUUUUUCCUGUGGAGUGACUGAAGGGAGGAAGCUGAGUCAGAGAUGUGAAGCUCAUCAGAUGCUGAGCUAAAAAAUGGGCUUUCACCCUAAACAAAAUCAAAGAAUAAGUCUUUGACUGCAAAAAAGAAGUUCAGUUUCAGUGAAUGUAUGCAAAAACAAAUAGCUAUUUGAAAUCCAAAUCCAGCAAUUAAAUUCUAAAGAUAUUGUUGCGUCAUUUCAACAUCUUCCAUGAGACAUUUAUCACACCACCCAAAGAAUUCAUUAGGUUCAUUUUGCUUCCUCCUCACUUUAUUUCUGCUCUCUGUGUUUGCCAAUGUUUUCUUCUUCUUCUGGUUCUAUGUUGUCUCCUCCUUCUGUCUUAUUAGCUUUUUUUUAAUAAUCAGAUUUAUUCAGAAUAUUUCUUUUUUUAGUGCCUCCUCUACACAGACAUGUGGAAAUGAAGCUGCAAAAGAAAGUUGUACAUUUGCAUUUUGGCAGGGUUGACAUGUCAUCGUGCAACAUUAUUCAAUACAUGACACAAAUCAGAUUCUGAAAUGUUAAAUGGCACAUUAAAUAAUUUUUAAUGCUACAUUAGUAACAAUAAUGUCAUGUUAUUUAAAUAGUUUGUGCAUUAAUUACAUUGCAUUGAGGGUAAAUGCAAUGCCAUGAGGUUAAAAAUUUACAUGUAAACUGUUGUUUUUUGCAUUUUCAAAACAUGAAAAUUACAUUUAAUUAAAAAAUGUUUUUUAAAGAAUAAUGUAAUUACAUGUACAAGAAACAGACAGUGGGAGGGAAAUAUGAGAGGAAGGUUUGCAUCAGUUAUGUGAAGCAGCAACUGUUGUAUCUUCCUUCUGCACAUGUUUUUCUUCAAAAUCUGAAUUUUCAUGCCAUUUUGGUUCUUUUUUAUUUACACUACAUGUACAUGUGCUCUGACUUAUUUUGAAUCUGAGCCAAUAUGCUGCGGCAAUUUGAUACUCUUAAGUCAUAAUUUUUUUCAGCCCUCAUGAGUCCAGUUUCAUCAUCUUGCAGAUGUCUGUUCUAUACCAAUCAGUACAACCUCCUCUAAUGAAAUAAGGACUAUCAUUUCCUAUUAUACUGUGCAGAUUUUUGUUAUAUGAUAUUUGAUACAGGAGACUUGUCUUUGUAUGUUCUGUAUAUCCCUGUGGUUUGUGAAGUUUGUGUUUAUUGGUUUCCCCACAGAGAUCACUCUUUGUGUAAAACAGUAAUAAAAAACAAAAGACAAGAAAAAAAAAGUUCCACAAAUCAACAGAAAAA